AUGGCGUCGACCGCGAGCUUCAAGCCGUGCCCGUGCUGCGCGGGCACCGGCAUCAGGCCCUCCGCCCGCGCUCCCGCGAGGAUCGUCGCGUCCGCGGCGCCCAAGGACGCUUCUGGGGUUGAGACUAAGCGCGUGGACCUCAUCCGCGGCGACGAUCGCGACGCCGUCGGCGCGUCCGCCAGCCGCAGCCCCGAUGCGUCGUCGCCCGCGGUGGGCCGACGCGCGGGCCUCAUCUCCCUCGCGGCCGCGACGCUCUCGUUCGCGGGCGCGCAGGUGGGUCAGGACGCGAACGCGCUGGACGACACCGACUGCUUGGAGUGCGGCGGUGCGGGCAUCGUGGUGUGCGACAUGUGCGGAGGCACCGGCAAGUGGAAGGCGCUCAACCGCAAGAGGGCGCAGGACACGUACGAGUUCACCGAGUGCCCCCAGUGCUUCGGCAGAGGCGUGCGCGUGUGCGGCGUGUGCUUCGGCACGGGCGAGAGGAACGUGCGCGGCUUACUGCGACGCCCGGAGGCGACGGAGAUCGUCAAGGCGAUGCAGCGCGGCGAGCUCCGCCCGGGUGACGCGCAGAGGAUGAUCAAGGAGGCGAGAGAGGCGAAGCGAGCCGCCGCAUCUGGAGCCGGAGACGCAUUCGCCGACGUCGCGCCGGCGGUCGCGGAGGCUGUCGAGACCGCGGUGGACGCCGCCGUCGACGCCGCGUAG